AUGGACUCCCCAGUACCAGAAACAAAUGAUGUCUUCUCCCUCUCUGACCACCUCCUCGCAGAACGUCUUCAUUUCGUUAAAGAGAUCGGCUUCGGAAACUGGGGCAGCGUUUGGCUGUGCCGUCCUAAAUCCAGUUCCUCGUCUGAAUUGCACAAGGACGUUGAAGUAGCUGUUAAGCUCGUCCACCGCUCCAAGACCAGCACAACCGCUGCGCGUGUGCGUUCGCUAUGGAACGAGAUGAAGAUUGUGCGCUCGUUCAAGGCCGAUCCGCAUCCCUCUAUCAUCCCCUUCCAUUCAUUCAUCAUCACCCCAUCAUACGCCCUUAUCACGAUGGCAUAUCUGCCGGCCCUCGUCCCUGUCGAAGUCUCCGAACCCCGCGCAAAAGAAUGGUUUCGCUCACUCUUGAGUGGGGUCAACUUCUUGCACGAGCGUGGAGUCGUCCAUAACGACAUCAAACCCGCUAACAUCCUGCUCUCCCACAAGAACGUACCCGUACUCGUCGAUUUUGGGUUCGCGGAGAAGUACGAUCUUGCUUCCCCUAAAGCAUUUCAUAGUAAUUUGACAUACGGCACUCCUGAGUACCUCUCCCCCGAACGCGCUCGUGGCCUUCCCCAUGACACCCGCAAGUCUGACAUCUGGUCACUUGGUGUCACUUUUUUCGAGAUAUUGAUUGGUCGCACACCCUUUGAAUACGAAGAGGGCGAGCAGUUUGCGAGCAAAGCAGAUUUGGAGAAGUACUGGGGUAGGACGAUGCGCGGCAAAUGGGUUGGCGAAUACACCAUUCCCAGGCCCGCGGAGAAACUUCUCAAGCGCAUGAUCGUUCCCAACGCAGAUUUGAGGUGUACGGCGAAAGAUGCGAUGUGUGAUUCUUAUUGGCAUGCUGCAGGUCCAACUGUAAUUCCAGAUGCACACAGUUAG